AUGGACGCUCCUCCAAUCCCGUUUAGCGCGACCGACCUCGAGCGCCGCCGCCUCGAGAACACGCUUGACCAUGACAUGUCUUCCCUCUCUUUGACUGCAAGCAGCAGCUUUACAUCCUCUUCAUCUCUCUCCACCCUCCCCGUCGGUCGCUCAGCUGUCCCAGCCUCGCGUGCGUACGGCUUUGACAACGAGUACGAAUACCCCAGGUUCGGAGGCAUGGACGAUACACCACGCGCAAAACGUAACACGGCCGCAUCGUUCGCUUGUACCGAUACAUCUGCCGGUGUUGACAUCUCCCCCACGUCGACAGCGGGCCACCACGUCUCGGCCGCGACCCUCGGUGCUGGGGUGUUUAGACGCCCCGGCAACCCUAUCGGCCGCGACUACACUGCCGACGAGUUUGACCCCGACCGCUCGCUUGGACGUCUUGUCGGCGAGCUCGCCAAGGCUAUGGACGAGGAGCGACUCGCACCCAAGCCCUCCUCCCCGUUUGUGUCUCCGCGCAUGCCCCACUCUCCUUCCCCUGCGCCAUCGGCUCUCCCAAACCUGUCUCUCACACUGAGCCGCAAUGAUCCACUCCCAUCCCCACCUCACUCGCGUACCGUAUCCAGCGCGUCUUCGGGAUCACAGCGUGCAGCCACCGCUGCGGCGGCGCCGGCCGACCCGCGAAGCCGCAACCCCGUCCUUACCGAGACGGCCCGGCACAACCACCGCCCUGAGUACCAGCACCCACAGCAAUACCCCGCGUCACUCAAGAAGCAGCGUGCGCGCGGCGGGUUCGCCAACCAUCACCUCCGUGACGAGUCAGCAGAUGUGACUGGUCUCACUGGACUGCUCACGACUCCAGCCAAAGGCGGCUCGUUUGGUGACAUUGACAAGAACGGCGGAGACAUUGGUUCUGGCGCCGCUUCUAUCCCGCAAACCCUUGCUACACUCCAUGCGCGUCUCCGUGCCCUUGAGACCGAGAAUGGUGUGUCCCGCCGCCGCGUCCGUGAACUCGAGGCCGAGGUCGAGCGCGCACGCGAAGAAGUCGCCACUGCUCAACAGGCACGGGAUGCCAGUCUCCGUGAGGUUGUGAGCGAGAAGACUGCUCUCGAGGACCUGGUUACGUCCCUCCGCGAACACCUCGCGCGUCUUACUCUCGAGCUCGAGCACCACAAGCAGCUCGUAGCCGAACUUCGUCUUGCCGCGCAACAUCCCCCCUCGCCUGUGCGCAAUGUUGACGCUUCGAUCCGUGAUGAACUCUCCUCGCUCCGCGCUGAAAUCGAGCGUCUGUCGCGCGAGGUUACACGACUCAACUCUAUCGCUCAGGCUGGCCUCGCCGAGCGUACCCGUUCCCGUGAGCAGCGCUCGGUGCGCAUCAAUGCUCUCGACUUGCGCGACGAAACCGAGGUUGAGCGUGUGCGUGCUGCAGUCGACCGCCGCGCUGCCGACUUUUCCGACCACCUCCGCCUCCCCUCCCAGCUCCGCCAAGGCCUGCACACGGCUGCGGUGGCCGAGCCGCAACUCAUGCCGCCUUCGGCUCGUCGUCAUACCCGCGUCUCCUCGGCCUCGGAGGCAGACGAAAUUUCGGAUGCCGAGCGCUCGCCCACUCCUACGCGUACGAUGCACCACGUCCGCUCGCCCGAGGCCCAUUCACACACCUCGUCCAGCCGCCGCCGUAGCCGUAUCCUGAAAGACGGCCCCGAUUCGCCCUUUCCCUCCAUCCGUGCCCAGGACGAGGAAGAGUUCUUCUCACCCCGUCGUCCCUCGUCACGCGCAUCUAGGCCCACCCCAGUCAUCGCCGCCGGUAUCCCGUUACCCACGUCCCGCCCCGGAUCUCGCACCGCUCGUGUCGCUUCCGGUGGUUCGGGAGUCUCUGGCGCGUCCAUGUCACGCCCUGCUGCCGCCGACUCUGUUCGUGCUAUCCUUGUCGACGGCUCUGUGCCCCCACAGACAGUCCUCGCCCGCGUCAUCCGCGAGCUCGAGGACGACUUCUCUCACUACAAGACUGUCUACGUCGAGCUCGCCGACCAGUACAAGGUCCUCGACGCCGCCUCGGCUGUCGCCAAGCGCCACGUCCUCGCCGAGCACCUCAAGGAGGUCAUCGACUGUCUCGAGUCCAAGGCCGACCAGAUUGCUGCCCUCUAUUCUUUGCUUCAUUACGAGGACCGCGAGGACGUGGCCCGUGGAGCUAGGCCUGUGAGGUCCGCCCAGGAUCUGUGGCGCGGGGUGAGGGAAUGUUUGGGAGAGGACGCGAGGAGGCGGUUGGAGGCUGAUGGUCUGUUCCGCGCCCCGAGAGCGUGA